CUGAACCAUGAGCGGUGCCAACCCCAUGGCUAAGAGUGCAAAUUAAUGGUACCAUCCUCAAAGGCAUGUAGCCAAAACAUGCGCCAGCACCACCCAAUUACCACGUGCAAGAGGCUGGGCCAUUUAAAUCCAUGCAAUUGUCGAAUCAUCACUGCCCCAGUUCAAUUCUCAGAAACAACGACUCAUCAAGCUGGGUAUUGGUUGAGGAGAAGCGAUUUCGUGAGACCGGGAGGGGUAACGGGUCUAGACUCUUCCUACCAAUCAGGUUCACUAGGACAACUGAUAGGGUUCCAGCUUUCGGAGGAGGAUUCCUGUUUUUGCCCUUUCUUUCUCCUCAAGUCGAGUCAUCGUUGUUGCCAGCAGCAGCAGCACCUGGCGAAGGGGAAACCAUUUUAGCAAGGCGGACGGUUUCAAUUUUUGCUCUUUGCCCUUCUUUUGGCAACUAACUUGUCACUGAAGCAAAUCAACAGACACUUGGAACGGAACUCUUCCCUGCUCUCUCCGCCACCAUACAGGCUCUCUUCUUGCCUGGUUGCUUUCUUACUCGUCGAUUCUGGAGGCCUGGUCGUCGUUGAAAGUGAAAGACUGUUGGACUGCUGAACAUGGGAGUCUGCUUGAUGUGCUAGGGCAAUAAAGCAUGGAGAUAAUCGACACCAUCUCCAGUCUUCCGGUCCAAGAUCCUCCCGAGGAUGAAUUCUCUGUGGCUGAUUUGACAUUGACCAGGUUUGGGACUGCUGAUCGUUAUGAUGAGGUUGUUGUAAUUCCUUACAACCUCGUCGAGCUUUUGAGGAGCGGCGGAAUGAGAAGAAGGAAAGCAAUGGCUUUUAGGGGAAAAGGGAUUCUCCAGUGGGGUGGGGUUUAGGGUUUUAUUUUAAUGAAUUAUUAUUAUUAUU